UGUCAAAUCACAAACACAAAAUGUCAGCACUCAGCACCAAGCAAUGAGAAUCAUGAGAAUUGAGUUGAGAAAUAAUAAUUUGUCAUUAAUUUGUUGAUUUGUAUCCACCACGAAAAGGGUUUUCGUGAUUUUCAUUGUAUUUUUAUUGAAGUCAUUGGUGUUUUUUAUGCAAAUUGAAAAUUCAAUAUCUGUACUCAUAGGCCUAAACAAAAAUAAUAAGCUUUUCACAAAAUAGUUUUCAAUAAAAGUAUUGUUACAAAGCCGUGCUCGUCUCACAAGUUUAAAAUGUCUUUGGACACCGUUCCUAAAGAUUUACGAGGCCUCAGAGCCUGCCUAGUGUGUGCAUUGAUAAAGACUUUCGAUCAGUUUGAAUAUGAUGGAUGUGACAAUUGCGACGAGUUUCUUCGGAUGAAAAAUAAUAAAGACAAUGUUUAUGACUGCACUAGUAAUAACUUUGACGGAAUGAUUGCAGUUAUGAGCCCCGAAGAUAGUUGGGUGUGCAAAUGGCAGAGGAUAAGUAGGUUUUGCAAAGGAGUUUAUGCUAUAUCAGUCUCCGGCCGACUUCCUGCUGGUGUUAUCAGAGAAAUGAAAAGUCGUGGAAUUGCAUACAGACCUCGGGAUACCAGCCAAAGAUAAGAGAUAAAACUCUAGAAAUGCUGCAACUGUUAUAAAUAAAUGGCAAUCAGCAAAAAACUAAGUGCAGAUGAUAAUUGAAAGAAAAAUCAUCUGGCUAAAUUCAUUUGAUUUCUGAGUCACUAAUGCCCACAUGAAAUACAUUCCACAAAG